UCAACGAUGAGUGUGAGUUCGGAGAUGCCACUGGAGAGAGGGGAGAUGCUGCCGCCACAGCGGCGGCGCGGAAAACGUGCUGCAACGUAGAACGCCGUCUAUGGCGAUGGAAUCCGUCCACAUUGGAAAUAUGGGAACUUUGUGAGCAUCAAUUAGGUGAAUUCUCCAUGGCUGCGGUUCAGGCCAAUGGCAAUAUGGAGGAUCGAUGCCAGCUUGAGGUUGGCACUAAAGCACUCUUCGUUGGAAUUUACGAUGGUCAUAAAGGCGACAUCACGUCAAACAUCAUGAGUAAUACCCUCUUCCAGGAUCUAUUGUGGUAUAUUAAUGAGAAUGGCACCAAUAUGUCUGAAGAUAUUCUGAAGACAGUUGUUGCUGAAACCGAGGGAGAGUUCAUGCUUGAUGUUGAAGAGGGUUAUCAACAACAGCCAGAGCUAGGUAUAGUUGGUUCGAGUUGUCUAUUUUGUAUUAUAUGGAAAGGGAGACUAUAUAUCGCCAACCUUGGAGACUCCCGUGCUGUAAUGGGUUCUGUAGGAGGUCCAUUUAAUAGAUUAUGUGUUCGACAGUUGGUCAGAGAUCACAAUGCUCGCAAUGAGGAUAUUAGACUAGAACUCAUGAAUUUGCAUCGAGAUGAUCCGAAUAUUGUGACCUUUAAUUUUAACGCAUGGCAUGUUAAAGGCAUAAGCGAGGUAAGCAGAUGUAUAGGACACGCAUAUUUGAAGCGGGAACCUUUCAUUUUAAGCUCACCAUUCCAAGCCCCAGAGUCCGAACGCGUGCCUUCUCCUUUUACCCGACCAUUGCUAUCCGCAGAACCUGCGAUACAUUCGAGAGUCUUAAAUAACAGUGAUAAAUUCAUUAUAUUUGGAUCCGGUGGACUUUGGAAACUAUUGACAAAUAAGCAAGCUGCUAAAAUUGUUAAGACCAAUCCACGAGAUGGAAUUGCAAAAAGACUUGUGAGGAUUGCUCUAGAGAUUGCAGCAAGAAGAAGGAAUAUAAGUUAUACUGAGCUUAGAGGGAUUCCUAAGGGACGUGGUGUUAGUAGGGCGCCUAGUGUUUCUGUUGAAGGAACUAGGCGUGAAUAUCAUGAUGAUAUCACUGUGAUAGUUGUAUUCUUCGACAAAGAGCCAAAUCGGAAUCAGACUGCAACACCAGCAAUCAUCUCGGUGCCAGGGGUCAAUUCCUUCAGAGGCUUCUCUGACACGAUUCAACCAUCAAGUUUUAUGUAUUUCGACGCACCUGAAAUCGCCGCCUAUGAAGUAAUAUACUAGAGUUUUCAUGUGUUGGAAAAGGGUGUUCAAUUAGUAAUAGCAUAUGUAUUAUUGCAUACACACAUUAUUGCUUAGUAAAAGCUCUGGUUAGUGCUAAGGUUGCAAUCCAAAUAAAAGUUACGACAGAAAAAUCCUUCAAUUUCCUAUUUAAUUCAUA